AUGUCCAGGACUCUACGCCCCUCAAUACACCUGUACAAACAUACUCAGAUACGUCGAUAUGCGAUUCAAGCCCAAGCUGAUCAUACCAACAAAGGGACAUCGAGCUCUGCUCCUCCAACACGUCAAUCUAGAUCUGCUCCAAGUAUAAAUCCAUCUCCUCCCACCACUGAAGAACCCUCUUUGGGUGAAAGUCCGUUAUUCUUACAUACUUCAGAAGAGGCGUUGGCUACACCAGGGUUGAGGUUCACCGAUGGACAUGGACUGAGGGGUCCCACCGGCAAAGGCAGGCAGACUAGACGGAUGAACUUAUAUCAGGCUAUAAGGGAUGCUUUGGGAACCGCUCUAGCUACAAACCCUAGAGCGUUCGUGUUUGGUGAAGAUGUCCAAACUGGGGUGUUCAGAUGUACGACUGGACUAGUGGAUGAAUUCGGCAAGAAGAGAGUCUUCAACACCCCUCUUACAGAACAAGGAAUAGCAGGUUUCGGUAUUGGUUUAGCCAGCGUUGGAGCUACCGCAAUAGCAGAGAUCCAAUUUGGCGAUUAUAUAUUCCCUGCAUUCGAUCAAUUAGUCAAUGAAGCUGCUAAACAGCGAUAUGCAAGUGGAGGCGCAUAUCCCCUUGAAGGUGGAUCGUUGACCAUCAGGGCACCAAUAGGAAGUGUAGGACAUGGUGGUCUGUAUCACUCCCAGUCACCAGAAGGCUUCUUUCUCGGUGCCGCAGGAAUCAAGGUCAUCAUUCCACGUUCACCGAUUCAAGCUAAAGGAUUGCUCUUAGCAGCUAUAAGAGAUCCAAAUCCCAUCUUAGUGUUCGAACCUAAGAUAUUAUACAGAGCGGCUGUGGAAGAAGUACCAACCGAUGAUUAUACUUUACCUAUUGGUCAACCUGAGGUAGUUAGAGAAGGGACUGAUUUGACUGUGGUGGCAUAUGGUACACCUCUUCAUAUCUGCUUACGUGCAAUCGAACUAAUCAAAUCACCACCUCCAUCACUUGUGCAAUUUCUACCGCCCGCUCUUCGUCCGCCAAAUCCAGCUCCUUCAAUCCAGGUUAUCGAUCUUCGAACUAUCUCACCUAUGCCUUUUGGUGCUUUGACAGAAGCAACCAAGAAAACAGGCAGAAUGGUCAUUGUACACGAAGCUGGGAAAUCCGGUGGAGUAGGUAACGAGUUGGCCGGAGAGAUGGGAAGAAGAGCGUUUGAGUAUUUGGAAGCUCCCAUUGGACUUGUCAGUGGAUGGGAUACACCCGUUCCACUGACGUUUGAGAAGUUUUAUCAACCAGACGUAAUCAGGGUAUUUGAUAAAAUAGUUGAAACGUUAUCGUAUUAG